ACAACGGCUCUGUUUACAUUACACUUUCCCAUACUACCCCUCUCGCUUCCUCACCCCCCAUCAAUUCAAAACCCUAGAAUAUUCUGAUUCGACACCAUCCGGUCCGUUUCUAAGCUGGGUUAAUUUUCUCCGUCGUCUGUUCUUCAAGCAAGGAUGAGUCGCUCUAGCAGAACUCUCUAUGUUGGUAACCUCCCCGGUGAUAUUCGGGAGCGAGAAGUGGAAGAUCUUUUCUACAAGUAUGGACCAAUUGUUCAUAUUGAUUUGAAAAUCCCUCCGAGGCCUCCUGGUUAUGCUUUCGUUGAAUUUGAGGAGGCUCGUGAUGCUGAAGAUGCCAUUCGAGGGCGAGAUGGCUAUGAUUCCCAUAGGCAUCGCCUACGGGUUGAGCUUGCACACGGUGGGCGCGGAAACUCUUCAUCUACAGACCGUCAAAGCAGUCGGGGUCCCCGCGGUGGAGUGUCUAGGCGCUCAGAAUACAGAGUUUUAAUCACUGGCUUGCCUAAUUCUGCUUCAUGGCAAGAUCUCAAGGAUCAUAUGCGUCGAGCUGGGGAUGUUUGCUUCUCACAAGUUUUCCAUGAAGGGAGUGGGAAGACAGGGAUAGUGGACUACACAAAUUCCGAUGACAUGAGAUAUGCUAUCAAGAAGCUCGAUGAUUCUGAGUUCCGAAAUGCUUUCUCACGGGGUAGAAUUCGUGUGAAGGAAUAUACAAGCCGUUCUAGUAGUCGAAGUCGAAGUCGAAGUCGCAGUCGCAGCCGUAGCCCUUCCUACUCUAAGGGAAGGAGCAAUGGUAGAAGCAAGAGCAGAAGUCUGAGUAAUAGCAGGAGCAGGAGCAGAAGCAAGUCUCCCAAAGGAAAAUCGACACGCCGCUCAAGAUCUCGUUCAAAGUCUGUAUCUUCGCGGUCUCGUUCUCCAUCAAAACCACGGUCUUUGUCAAGAUCUCCUUCAAGAUCCAGAUCCCCGAAAUUAUCUCAUAAGAAACGUGCAAGUAAGAGCCCAAAAAGACGCAGUCCAAGCAGAAGCCGAAGCAGGAGCAAGAGCAAGAGCAAAAGUCGAAGCAGGAGUGUUUCCAGGUAAAAUUGGCUCAUCUAUUUCGCAUUACAGAUGAUGGUCGAAUCGCUGGAUUUCUUGUUUAUGCCUAUGGGGGUUAUAUUUUAUAUGUAUUUUUCUUUUUCUCUGUGAAAGACUUUAUUAUCUUAAAAUUUGCACUACCUGAACUGUGUUUCAAGGACUUAAAAACCGCUUGCGUCAUAUAUAUUUCGUAUUGACUUUUAG